GACUCUCUGCGCAUGCGUGUUAGUGUGUCUGUAAGCCAGCCGCUGUAAACAUGGCUGGUGUUGGUUUCCGACGGUGGGCCCAAACCCUUACUAAAGGGAGAGGCGUUGGGAUUUCAGCUCUUCUUUCGGGAGCUAGAGCAGCCUCCGGUGCGUCUAAGGAUAGUCUCCCCGGCCCCUACCCUACGACCCCCGCGGAGAGAGCGGCUGCAGCAAAGAAGUACAACCUGAGGGUGGAAGACUAUGAGCCAUACCCAGACAACGGUCAGGGCUUUGGUGAUUAUCCAAAACUACCAGACAGAUCUCAGCAUGAGAGAGACCCCUGGUAUCAGUGGGACCACCCCGACCUGAGGAGAAACUGGGGAGAGCCGAUGCACUGGAAUUUUGACAUGUACAUCAGGAACAGGGUUGAUACCUCUCCUACUCCUGUGUCCUGGAAUUCAAUGUGCAAGCAGCUGUUUGGUUUCAUCGGUUUCAUGCUGUUUAUGUUCUACAUUGGGGAGGUGUUCCCCGCUUACCAGCCUGUUGCACCCAAACAGUAUCCUUACAAUAACCUGUAUCUGGAGAGAGGAGGAGAUCCUGAAAAACAACCAGAGGAAGUCAAAAAUUAUGAAAUCUAAUGCUUCAAAUCUGCUCCUUCUCAUGUAUAUAUGUUUCUGUCAAGAAUAAUAAAGACUUAUGUAAACAG